AGAGGAGGUAGGAUGCUGUGGCUCUCCCUGCUGUCUGUGGUGGUCCUGGGUUGUGUGACCCCGACCCAGACACACACUCACACACACACCCCGACGCCCACCUCCACACACACCCCUAUGGUGGUCAGCUCGGAGGAGGAGGUGGACGAACCGUGCUUCGAGCCGUGCACGUGCGAGGUCAAAGAGGGCGUGUUGCACGUGCACUGUGAUGGGCGGGGCUUCAUUAACGCCAGCCAGGUGUCCCAGUCCUGGCUCCGCCCCUUCAAGCUCAACCUGCAGAGGAACUCCUUGAGGCGUCUCUAUAGCAAUGGCUUCCUGCAUCAUAGCAAUGCCGUGGCGAUAAACCUAGGCAACAACGCGCUGCAGGACAUCCGUCCCGGGGCGUUUCAUGGUCUGGGGACACUGAGACGCCUCUACCUCCACGAGAACAAGCUGGAGGUGUUCCGCAACGACACCUUCUCUGGUCUGGAGGCACUGGAGUACCUGCAGGCCGACUACAAUGUCAUCAAACGCAUCGACAGCGGGGCACUACGCUACCUGCUUAAAUUACGAGUGCUCAUCCUCAACGACAACCUGAUCCCUGCUCUGCCUCCUCACCUCUUCAGAUCUGUGUCUCUGACCCACCUGGACCUGCGGGGGAACCGUCUGAAGAGCCUGGCCUACGCCGGGACCCUGGAGUACGUGGGCCGCAGCCUGAUGGAGCUCCAGCUGGAGGAGAACCCCUGGAUAUGUGGCUGUGAGGCUGUCCAGCUGCAGACCUGGCUGGGACACAUCCCCUACACCGCAGUGGUGGGGGACAUCACCUGCGAAUACCCCUUCCACCUGCACGGGAAAGACCUGAGGGAGAUACCACGCAAGGAACUGUGUGCCGGAGAGGUGGAAGGAGAGGGGGAGAAGGAGGGAGAGAGGGAGAAGCACGGAGGGGUACAGCCUCCUCAGCAUCCGCCCUCUAACCCGAAAGCGAACCCCAAGCCUGGGAGGCCCAGACCUACCAAACCGUCCUCCAUGGUUCACCAUCAGAACACACAUACAUCAUCUUCGUCGACUUCUUCAUCAUCGGUGGAGCGGAGGAGAGAGAGGUCCCCUCGGCCCACCAAGCGUCCCCGGCCCUCCAGGACACCCCCCACCCGGCGUAGCCUCCUCCCCAACCAGCCCCCUCCCAUCGCAGGGUACCAGACUCGCCCCCCCAUCCCCAUCAUAUGUCCUCUGGGGUGCACCUGUAACCUCCACAUCUCAGACCUAGGGUUGACAGUCAACUGUAAGGAGAGCGGCUUCCAUAAUGUGUCCCAGCUCACGCCACGCCCCCUCAACGGACGGAAGCUGUACCUCAGCGGCAACCUCAUCCAGCGGAUCUAUAAGUCAGAUUUCUGGAAUUUUUCCAGUCUGGAUCUACUUCACCUGGGAAACAACCGGAUCUCCUUUAUUCAGGACGGAGCGUUCUCCAGCCUGCCGACCCUGAGGAGUCUCUACCUGAACGGCAACAACCUGCAGAGGCUUAGCCCACACAUGUUCCUGGGUCUACUUAACCUCAGGUAUCUGUACUUUGAGUACAAUGAGAUCGGUGUGGUGGAGGUGGGAGCGUUCAGCCCCAUGCCGUCUCUCCAGCUGCUCUUCCUCAACGCCAACCUGCUGAGGUCACUUCCUAUCGGAGUGUUCCAGGGCAUCUCCCUCUCUCGCCUCAACCUCCGCAACAACCACUUCCUCAGCCUGCCUGUAGAGGGGGUGUUAGAGCACCUCACUGGACUGGUGCAGGUGGACCUGCAGCAGAACCCAUGGGAGUGCCGGUGUGAUGCGGCCCCUCUGAAGCGCUGGCUGGAGGGCCUGAGUGCGGUGGUGGUGGUGGGGGAGGUGGUCUGUCACUCACCAGAAGAGACCACAGGUACAGACCUUCGCUCUCUUUCCCUGGACCUCCUCUGUCCAGACCUGGACACCCACCAGGCCACGGUGGAGAACCAGGGGGAGUGGAACAGCUCCACAGCCCCAGACGGUGAUUUCUCUCUGGGCUACCCCGUGCCAGGCCAUGGCCCCCUGGGUCCCUUCCCUAAGACUUCCAUCCCUCUGUCGGUGUUGGUGCUCAGCCUGCUGGUGCUGUUCGUGUCGGCGUUCUUUGCGGCAGCGGCGCUGAUCGCCUAUGCCCUGAGGAGGCGGGACAAGCUGCCGUUCCGGCGGCAGGGAGAGGUGGAUCUGGCUGGGAUCCAGAUGGAAUGUGGGAUAUUCACCGAGCAGCAGCACCACAGGUUACCAGUACCGAAGACCCCUCCUCCGUCUGCCUUGCAGCAUAGCCUCGUCUACGAUAGCAUCCUCCCCGCCGACCCUGGCCCUAACCCUAACCUCAGUCCCUCAACACACAUGUGCAAUAGCCCAGUCUAUAAGAAUGAGGAUGAUUCAGUGGUGAAGCAGCAAUGGCAACAACAGAAGCAGUUCUCUGCUUCUAAAGAGAAAGGGAACGUGGGAAGAUACCCCUCGGCGGGGGAGAGAGAGAGCGAAGGACACUAUCGUUUUGUGGCAGAGAGAGAGCGAGAUUGUAACAUGGAGGUGUCCUGUCCCCCCAUCAGUACCGUUGCCGGGGCAGUGGGACCCCCUCUUUCAGAUCUCCGUGGAAACGGGACCCUCUGCCCAACGGUCAUAGACAGCCAGGGCCCCACCCCCAAGGUGGGAUUGGUUGACUGCCUGUUUGGGAUCUCUGGAAUGUCCGCCGCCGUCCCAGAGUUCCGAGACCUGCCGGACAGGUAUACACGUCCCCCACCACCCCGCUAUCCCCACCCUCCACAACCCCCUCAGCCCCCCGAACCCAAAGAGGAAACUAGAGCCAGCCAAUCACUCGUGGUUACUACAAUGACAGCGUGCGCGGGGCCAAGCAGUAGUAAUCAGAGCCAGAACUCAGAGUUUCCGCGAGAGUUGAGAAUGAGACUCAGUACCAAGCCGGAUUACAUGGAAGUCCUGGACAGAUCUUAUCAGUUCUAAUAGAUAAAUGUUACUAUGGAACCGCUGGCGUUGACAAUAAAUGACUCCUGUAAUAUGUCAUGUCUUGAACAUGUUAAUAUGCAGAGGUAAACCUGUGUGUGGCGAGAGCUGUUAGGACUAGGAGGAAGUUACUCUUAGAUGAGGCUUUGGAAAGGAUAAGCUGAUCCUAGAUCAGUGCCUGAGACUAGCAAUUACUUUUUUGUACCGUUGAUGACUAAAUACUAAGUAUCAGGCUUUUUUUAUUCCCAGCAUCACAAAGCAAGACAAUGUGGUGUGUGUGUGUGUGUGUGUGUGUGUGUGUGUGUGUGUGUGUGUGUGUGUGUGUGUGUGUGUGUGUGUGUGCGUGCGUGCGUGCGUGCGUGCGUGCGUGCGUGUGUGUGUGUGUGUUCAUGU